ACUGAAGCUGGCUGGUGACGUGCAUGGGGUGGAUCACUGGGGUGGAUAGUCAUUUGUAUUUAUUAUUUUAAAAGGAAACAUAUUCAGUUUCGUUUCACUUAAUUUAUUUUAAUAUGAUCAAUAUGUUGUUGUGAAAAACGUUUAAUAUUUUUAAAAGGUCAUACUACAUUAUAUUUUAUUCCCAUCCUCGGUUUACGUCACCCAACGUUCCGACGUCGAUUGCGUCAGUGCAAGUGAGAGUUCAAGGUUGAGUUUCAAACCACGAGAGUACCCUCAGGUACCCUCACGUAGAGCUCUACGCAGUCUACGCAGUAGUAUUGGAAGACGAAGAAGACAGGCGAAGGAGUGGCUCAAUCAAGGUAAGGGAGCGUAAACGUUAAUAUAUAUACAUAUAUAAUUGUUAUUUUCUCGCUAACAUCGCGUUUUAUUAAGGGAUUUCCUGUGACUGUUUCUCAAGUCGACUGGACUGGUCACUUACUUAGCACGCUAGCUGGCGUUUGCUCGUCCAUUCAUGGCUGCCAACUUCCAGUUUUGAAAAAGGGAUUAUGUGGUGGGGUGAAACCCAACCCAAACAUGUUCGCGUUAUUAACCAGAAGUGUGUACGUACUUCAUAUGAUGCCUGCCGCCUAACCUGAUGACAAUGGAUGGCUUUGAUGAAGCCACUCGUUCGGUAUUGGAAGAAGCGUCCCCAGCACGAGAUCCCCCUGUGCCAAAAAAGACAAAGAGUGGCACCAAAGCAGCCAUUCCAUCAUCCAGGUCUUCCUCACCGGCACCCAUGACUGUGAUUGCUUCACCAACCAUGCCUGCAAAAGAUGUUGCUGCGGGUCUCGACAGUCUGAAGAUGCAGGCCAGACACUACAAAACCUUGAGCAACAUGUACAACAAGCCCAAUGCAAAACCCAAUCAAAAUGAUGUGGCGCAAAUUCUGGACCUCGAGUUCGAAGCAAGGCGGGCCUUUAUCGAUUCAGAUGUUACCAAGGAAGAAGACCGACCUGCAAAAAUCCUUGAUGCAUAUCCAUGCUUUAAAGAUGUUCAAAACGCCAUGGAUGAGCUACGGCGCAUAGUAGAUGGUACUAACCGCAGAUACAUCGAGGACGUAAGAGGAAGAUGGACAGAAUUCUGCACGAAGGUGCAGUUCUACAGCGUGUGGAAGAAAGUCCUCAAACCCCCUUUUCCUUUGGAUGUUCGCAGUGUGGAUUUCACACUGGCCCUCUUCAAUGCACUGCCACCCCUCUUCCCCUCAUCCGUUUUGCCACCAAAGAAGCUUGCUUGCAGUGAGGCACUUAUUCAUACUGAGGUCAAACGAAGACCCUGCCCUCCACCUGCAGAAGCGUCCUCUCUGCUCCCCAGUUCUGCUGUUUGAUGGCUCAACUACCAUCGUGGCUGUGGGUAACGUACCUGUUACAACCCUCCAGCAGGAAGAUUUUUCAGAAGGGAUGUUGGUGUUGAUGGCCUACUAUUAUACAUUGCGCCUCACAUACUUGCUGUUGCUGUUUUUUGUAAUUAUUCAGUGGGUCUAAGGUGUUGGUUUUUGACCAAUACCCCACCCCAAAGUGAAAUUGAGGCAGUGGCUGAGUCACCGGGAAAACUCUCCUGCUCACUUAUCCGAAUAUGGGGACUUUGAGUGGUUCAAUUUUACCUCGGAGUGGGGUAUCCCUUAAUAACGCCUGUAUUUCAGGAUACAAUGUUGGAAAAACGCUACCUCAUAAUGUCAGAAUUUAUUACUGUGGUCCCAGUACAUCUAAGUUGUUUGUCUUAAACAUGUACCCCAAUCCUAAGCGAAAUUGAGUCACUCGCUAUAGUCCCUGGAGUUGUGCAAGUGAGCAGAAAAGUUUUUCAGGUAACCCAGCCACUGUCUUAAUGUGACCCAUCAAAGAGCAGAAUAGAGAGCGCGCUUCUGAAGGUACAAGACUGGGUUAAAACAGUCUUUGUGUUGCCAACCCCCAUCACAGCAAAUAUGCUCAGCAAAGCAAUUGUCACCUAUAUUACCAUCUUUAAGUAGUUGCUGUACUCUAAGGUUACUAUUUCAAGGCUCAAUUUCACCUGGGAGUGGGGUAUACCUAUCCUGUAUUUCAGCAUACAGUGUUAAAAUGCUGCUGCAUAAGGGCUGAGAGAAAUGUGAAGAGAUUUAUUCAAAGCCUGUAUUUCAGGAUGCAAUGCAAAGCAGCAAAGUGAUCUCAAGCGUUUUUGCUGCCAAAUUGAGGCUCGAUUUCACCUGGGAGUGGGGUGUCCCUUACGUUAUACGCAUCCUGUAUUUCAGCAUACAAUGUUAAAAUGCUGCUUCAUAAGGACUGAGAGAAAUGUGAAGAGAUGUAUUCAAAGCCUGUAUUCAGGAUGCAAUGCAAAGCCGCAAAAUGCUGCUUCGUAAGAGGUGGGAAUUGUGAACCCCACCCCAAAGUGAAAUUGAAGGUACACGACAGGAUCUUAAACAGUCUUUGUGCUGCCAACCACCAUCACAGCAAAUAAGAUGUUAAUAUAGGUGACAAUUGCUUUGCUGAGCAUAAAGUAGUUGCUGUACUCUAAGGUUAUGAUUUCAACUGUCUGUGCUGCCAAAUUGAGGCUCAAUUUCACCUGGGAGUGGGGUAUCCCUUAAGUUUUACCUAUCAUCUAUUUCAGCAUAUAAUGUUAAAAUGCUGCUUCAUAAGGACUGUACUCCAAGGUUACGAUCUCAAACGUUUUUGCUGCCAAAUUGAGGCUCGAUUUCACCUGGUAGUGGGGUAUCCCUUUAGUUAUACCCAUCCUGUAUUUUAGCAUACAAUGUUAAAAUGCUGCUUCAGAAGGACUGAGAGAAAUGUGAAGAGAUGUAUUCAAAGCCUGUAUUCAGGAUGCAAUGCAAAGCAGCAAAAUGGCUGGUUCACCUGGAAAGCUCCUGCUCACUUAUCCAAGUCUAGGGACUUUGGUGAGUGGCUCAUUUUAAAUGGGAGUGGGGUAUCCCUUAAGAUUUUUCAAAUUCUGUAUUUCAGGUUGCAAUAGUGGAAAAUUGCAUAAGGGCUGAGAAUUUAAUUUCCUUAUAUUACUGGCGUCCCAGUACAUCCAAGUUAUGUCUUAAACAUAUAGCCCAGUCCCAAACAAAAUUGAGUUACUCACUAUAGUCCCUGAAGUGGCGCAAGUGAGCAGAAACGUUUUUCAGGCAACCCAGCCACUGUCUGAAUGUGUCUGAUCUGUCUAUCCUGUAUUUCAGCAUACAAUGUUAAAAUGCUGUUUCAUAAGGACUGAGAGAAAUGUAAAGAGACUUAUUCAAAGCCUGUAUAUCAGAGUGCAAUGUUGGAAAAUGCCGACAACUGUGAUUUUGUGUGAACAAAGAGGAAAUAAUAAAUGUUAAUUAUGUUAACAAGUCAUUCUGGUUGUGUUUUUUUGUAUAUUGUAAAAAUGCUUUUAAGGUUUAGUUUUAGCAUGAAGACCGCCUCGUUUCAAGAUCAUCAUGGAUCUUGGUUUAAGACAGAAUUCAGUCUUUCUGGAAUACUGUACUCUACAUUUAGUGUUUCCUUUACUAAUAUUGAGCUUAAUUUGCCAAAGGAAAAAGUGUAAAUGCUUGUAUUCAGUACAUCUCACUUAUUUUGAGGUAGCAAAAAGUUGCUUUUCAAGAUGUAUUAUCUUAAAACCAGUAUUUUAAUAUGCUUGUUUUCAGUAUGUUUCACUCAUUUUGAGGUAGCGAAAAGUUGCUUUUCAAGAUGUAUAAUCUUAAAACCAGUAUUUUGAUAUGCUUGUUUUCAGUAUGUUUCACUCAUUUUGAGGUUGCAAACGGUUGCUUUUCAAGAAAUUUAAUCUAGUAUUUAGUAUAUUUCACUUAAUUUAGGGCUAGAAAAAGUUGAAACCCAAGUCAUUUCGUCUCAUAAUGAGCAUAUUUGUCUUGUUUUAAGCCUUCCAAAUGCUUCCAUUAAAUCUAGAAACAAGUCUUUCGGAAAUCUUAUUUUAAGAAAUCUUACCAAGUGAAUUUCACUUGCUGCAUGGACAGAUUUUUUCACUUGUUUUGAGUACUUUUCACCUUAAUUC